UUGCCAUCCGUCGGAUCGUCUUCACCGCCAUAUUGGAGUGGAUUGCUAGGGCAGGCUGAAUAGCCGAAGUGUUUUAUAUCUCCAAAUAUACUAAAAAUGGAGAAUCUUUAUGGAAUAGGAAUAACCAACAGGUACCAACUGUUCUUAAAUGAAGACGAAGAUCCCUUAGAAGUAUUAAAAGUUCAAGAACAAGAGAAGGAAUUAAAGAAGAAAACUAAGCUCUCGGAGAAAGAAAAUAAGGGCAAACAGCAGGAGGCAAAAGGAAAACCUGUAAAUGUACGGAAGGGGAUUAAAGAAACGCAGAAUAUCAAGUCACAGGAUCAGCAGCAUAAAGCAAAAGAAGAAAACGUGAAGGUGAAAGGUCCCGCAAGAGUUGUUUCCGAUCGGAAGUUCAGUAAUGAGAACCGAGAGGAAAGGAACAAUCAGAGGAAUCGCUCUGAAAAGCCUGUUGGUCCCGGUGGUGACUUUCAUAGGGAAGAUCGUGGUGGUGAAAGGAGAUUUGAGAGGCGCUCAGAUGGAGAGGGGCCGAGAGAGGGAGGGCGGGGUAGGCCCCUUGGAACCGGGCGAGGAAUGGGACGAGGCAGGGGCAGAGGAGGGCGGGGGGGCUUUGAUGGCCGCGGUAAGCGAGAAUUCGACCGACAGUCAGGUUCAGACAAAACUGGAAUCAAAGCUGUGGACAAGAGAGAUGGUGCAGGUGCACACAACUGGGGCUCUCACCGGGACGCUAUUGAGGAUUUGGACACAAUUAAUCGACAAACUGAUGAUUCUGGUGAGUGGGGAGAAAAGACUGAUAAUGAAGUAUCCGGCAACGAUACAUCUGCUGAAAUAAAGGAAACCACUGAAGGACAAAAUGGAGUAGAUGCUGCUGAAGAAGGUGAAACCCCAGCUCAAAUUGAGGAAGAACGUAAAGAACUGACUCUAGAUGAAUGGAAAGCAUUAAAAGGAAACCGUUCAAAGCCCCAGUACAACUUGCGUAAGGCUGGUGAAGGAGAGGACUUGUCACAAUGGAAAAAAAUGUAUGCUUUACAAAAAAAGAAGGAAGAAGAGGAGGAGGAAGAAGAAGAGGAGUAUGACAGUUCCGACUACCCACAGCGCGUUGGCCGUCAGAAACAUGUUUUGGACAUUGAGUUUACAUUUGCUGAUGCUCGAGUGGGGGGACGAGGCCGUGGAGGACGUGGUGCAGGCCGUGGGGCUCCCAGAGGAGGCUCUAGAGGACCCCCACGAGGAACAAGUUCGGACAAUGGUACUUCGUCAGGGGAAAGAGAUACAGGAAGUUACAAUGGACCUCGCAACUCCCGACCAAGUGCCCCCAAGUUGCGAGAACGGGAUGCUGCCACUUAUGGAGGACCUCGCAGCUCCCGCCAGACUCCUCAAGCCCCCAAAGUUGAUGAUGAGCAUGACUUUCCCUCUCUCGGUUAAAUACCAGCUUACUAGUCAUUUAAGUGUUACACCUGCAGAUUAUUUUUUAAAUCCUCAGCAUUAUCAAUACGACAGAUCAAGAGAAAUCCAUUUGAAGUAUUAAGUGAUUGGGAUUUAUUUGUUAAACUUUUUAAAGUAACUUCUAUAGACUGGAAAACUGAUCAUUUAUUAAUUAAUUUAUAUUCUGUUGUUUCAUGUAACUCUUAUUUAAUUAUCAUACGUAUUACUGAUUUUUAAUUUUAGUUAAGAUAAAAAAUGUUAUUUUUCAUUUUGAUAUUUAUUGUCAGUAGUUUACACAGGUUGAUAAAAUCAUAACUGUCUGUUUUGAAAUCUUUACUUCAAAACAAAAGCACCAUGGAGCCUUUUUGUUGGUUAUUCUAUUUUAUGUUUUUCAGUUUUGGAAUUGCAGGUAGGAAUUUUCAUAGGUUGAAUGGCAAAAGAUAUGGUUAUUUAGUGUUAAUUUUUUAGUGUUCAAGUGUUAAAAACAUGGUAUGAUUGGUAUGCUGGACAAGCUCAUAUAGUUAGUUGUGUCACUCUAACAGCUUAAAUACCAGCUAUGUUUGCCUAGGUAUGUCUAGGUUAAUUUAGUAUGAUUACUAGCUUCAAUACAAAAAAAUAUUAUAGUUAAAAAUAAACAGAAGAUUUAACACUUUGUUAAAUAGAAAAUAAUUAUAGAUUAAUCAUACCAUGUGUAUGAUAUGCUCUAAACUACAUGUAAUACAAUAACAUGUAAUAGAAUAAUAAGUACAUCAAAGUCAUAUAACAGUUCAGAUAAUAAAUACAUCAGGAUUUGUGGUAUGUUUAUGGAAUAAUAAAUAGAAUAAUGAUGUAAAGAAGGGCAGGUUGCCACUUGAAACGAUGUAUCUACUGAUAAGGAAAGGUAUCAAUAAAAUUGUUCAGUAUGUGUAAUGGGAACUGACACAACUAAAUAUUAACAAUAAUUCAGAUUAAUACAAAACGAAAGAAAUACAUAUUUUUGCAUCCGAGUUAACCCAGGUUAGUUUGUUUAAAUACAUUAAGGAAACCUGAGUUAACUAGGGUUAUUUCAUUAAGUGCUCAAAUAUUGUUAUUAUAACUUUAUUUAUGUUUAUUGUUAUAAAUAUCUAAAAGAAAAUGUGUUGUGGUAUAUUUUUCUAAUGCGAUGUGUUUAACAACAUGUUUUCUUGACCAAACUCAUUUUGUAUUGACUUUUGCCUUUUUUAUGUUAUACUCUACAGAUUUUGUAUUAAAUAUACAAUUAAUUUGUAGUAUGCUCUAAUCAUUAGUUAACAGAUCAAUUAUGUUUAUAAACGUUUAAGAUCUAAUGUUUGUACAGUAUUUUGUAGUGUGUUUUUUUGUAAGUGUGUGUAACUUUUCUUUGAAAAUAUUAGUUGUUAGUAUUUGUUGCCAUUCCAUCUAUGAAAAUUCCUACCAGCAAACCCUCAAAGUUCAUUUGAUAAUGUAAGUUGAAAUUAUUGAAGUUAUGUUAAGACAUGUUAAACGUGUAUCUUUCUGUUUAUUUAUUUUUAGAUCCAUUCUUGUUUUUUUUAUUAUUAUUAUUAGAUUAAGCUUUUGGCCAGUGAAAUGUUGGCAAGUACAAUUUACCUUUUCUUAUUACCAUAUAAAAUUAUCAACAAAGUUUGGAAGAACUGACAACAAGCUACAACAGUUCCAUCAUUGUAGACAGUCUGUAAUGUAAUAAUGGCACUACACUUUAGUUUAUACAGUCUUCAAUCACACCUUCACCUCUCCUAGAACCUACAAUGUUCAACUUUAUGUUUGUGUUAUUUGUUCAUUAAUGGACACCUGACUGAAAACCUUCUAAAGAUCUGACUGAAGUUUUAACAUUUUGUUGGACUACCAAAUAUGAUAAAUGUUUAUACAUGUUUUGUGGAUGAUAUUUUUAAAUAAUGUGUUUCUUUUACCUCAGUCUGUUAAAACCAAUCAAAUUAUUUACCUUUGAAAUUGAAUGUUUUUGAAUGUUGAGAAUUAUUGUCACAAAUAUGGCAUUUCCUUUUAUAUAAGUUUACUUAAAGUAUUAUUUUGUAUAUGUUUUUUUUUAUUUAUUUUAAAAGUGUUCACCGCACUCACUUAUUUCCAUUACUUAUUACUUGGUAAUUGGUAAAUUUGUAAAAUUUGCAAUCUUGGCUGAAAUAUAAUUUCUGUUUGGCUAGUUAGCAUCUUCGUUAUUGACAUAUUAAUAGACAAACAUUAAUAUGUCAAUAACUAAGAUGCUAAGUAGCCAAACAGAAAUUAUAUUUCAGCCAAGAUAUCUUAAUCUCUAGACUAUACACGGGCACUAGUGUCAGUUAUAUAAAUAAAUAAAAAUAAUGAAGGAUGAACAGAUUAUUCCUUUCUUACCCCAAACUAUAAUUGUACUGUCUCAAAGCUGUAACUGUCAAUCGUAAAACUGAACUAUUGACAACUCUUAACCUCUCAUUCGGGCAAAAGAAUAUACCACUACAUUUAAAGUGUUUAUUUACAGUUUCUUUUCAAGGGUACUGCGUACUUGUCAUGUUUACUGGCCAAAAGUUUUAAGGGAGUACAGUAAAAUGUUACAUUUUGUAAUAAUUAAAAAAAAAAAAAACUAAGACAAGGUGGCUGGUUUGUUUUUGGUAUUCCAUGUAUACCUGAAAUAUUGAGUGAUAUAAGGUACUUAAUCUGUGAAGUUAACAGAGUAUCCUUAAAAUGUGUAAUUGAAAAGAAAGGAGAACACUACAAACUGUACUUCCAAGUCAAAUCUGCUAUUCUCUUUCCUGUUUACUGUUAUGUUCACUAAUAGGCUGUUUUAUACAAUAUGUAGACUAUUUGUGUAAUUUUUAUGAAAUUAAAUUAUCCUUCGCAUAAAUCACAACUCAAUACAGCUACAGCAGCAAAAUUCAAUGUGUAAACAUUGUGCAGUAACAUUACAAAUUUACAUAACAUUCAUGGUGUCAACGUGAACAAAAACAGUAACAAUGUUAACUUCAAUAUAUAUUGUUCUAGUACAGAUUUUGUUCAAGUAAAAGGUUCAAAAUGGUAUUCGUAAGAAACCAGAUUAGAUUUAGAAACAUGACCGACCUUUUAUAGAUUUAAACCUGUUUGCAACGUGUAAUGGUUUUCAAUGUUAGUUUGUACUUUAUAUCUUUGUUAAUUGUUUUUGCAUGCAAGAAUAAAGCAAUAUGGAUUUAAGGUACUUACUUGAUUUUCUAAUAAUUAUACUUUAACUAUGUGUUAUUUUAUUUUAUAUAACAAUCUUGGCGUAUCUCUUCUGUAAAAUAUUAUAUUUUUAAGAAAUGUUUUGAUGUAAUGCUAUCUUUUAAAGUAUCUAAGUCUUUAAGCAGGCCUUAUUAAGACAUUUAAUUUGUUUGAAUUUGUUACUACUAUCCAAUAACAAGAAAAAGCUAUGAGUGUUAUGUUUGAUUCAUUAUAAAUUGGCUUUCAAUUUUGUAAGCAAUAUGAGAUAUCGUGUUAAAAAUGUACAAACAUGACAGUGAAGAGAAUGUAAUAUACUUGUAAAAUGUUAAAGCUGAGGGCCAGAUGCAAAGGUGCAAUAAUGUGAUCAUCAAAUUUGUGCUCUUGUGCUCUGUCCAUAUUUAUUUUUCAAAUAUGUUCCACAAAUAGCUGUUUAUGUAUAUUAUGAAGAAGCGUUUAGUGGAGCUGUGUGUACAUUUGUUGUAAUCACCAUCUAAGAAAACUAAAACUUCAUUUUCAAGUUUUUUUCUUAUAAAAGGAAAAUGUAAAUAAAGAUCGUGUUAUCCAGCAUAUUUUAAACGUGUUAUUACUGACUUAUUAUCAACUAGAAAGUGAACAUCGUAGUGUUGUAAAUAUGAUUUUUAGGUGUUUUGCAGGCCUGCCUAUUUACUAGGUAUGUAAAUAUCUGCACCUGGUAGGUCCAAAACUUUUAAUUCUCUGAUUAAAUUGUUAUCUACAUAAUGUCUCCCUUCCAACAAGUCUCAAGUCACGAUGUGUGAUCUAUUUUGUACAAGUGGGAAAAUGAAUAAAUUACAUAAACCCAUCAGA